AUGUUCGAUUGGCUUUGUUAUAAUGCGUUACUCACGUCACAGCACUUUUGUCUUCGCGGUGUUGGGGUGUUUUGCAGUGCGAUGAUAGAAGUCGCUAACACGACCCCAACCAGCUUACCUCCCCUGUAUGAUGAUGUUUUUCCUGCACUACCACCUGCAGGGACGUCUCAGAGACCCGUUGCUGAGGGACUUACCCCAUAUAAACCUGCUGAUUCUAUAGAGGUUGUUAAAAUACCUCUUGACGAGAGGAGGUAUCAAUCGACGGACGAGUCCGUAUUGUCAGAGCAGUCACGCGUCUGUGCUGCCAUAGGGAAAAGUCUCGGAGUUAAAAUUGAAUUAACAAACUCAAAGAACAACUCUCUAAAUGUCCUCAUUUCGGGUCCUGCAGCGCAAGUUGCGAAGGCCAAACUGAUGGUAAUUCAGGAUUUGCAGCAACAGGCGCAAAGGGUAGUUAAAAUCCCACCUGAAUUCCAUCGAUUUCUCAUCGGUUUUGGCGGUCAGAGAAAACGGGAGCUCGAAUCUAGCACGCUUACCAAAAUAUGCGUACCUCCUCCAUCUUCGAAAUCAAGUGAAGUUGUGAUCGUUGGUUCUCCUGACAAACUUAAUGAUGCGGAGCGAGAAAUUCUUCGUAUUGUUGAAUAUCAAUCUCAACACGCUGAAGAAAAAUUGGCCAUACCCAAGGUUUACCACCCAUUUAUUUGUGGGCCUUUUAACCGCACCUUAAAUGAAAUUAUGGAGAAGACGGGUACAAAAAUAUCUAUUCCGUUACUAAAGAAGCCUGGCUGUGAAAUUAAGGUGUCAGGAAAAAAAAGUGAAGUCGCAAAAGCGGUUUCCGAAAUCAAUAAUAUUUAUAAGGCUCGUGAGGAGCGCUGCACCACAAUCCCCUGUUUGGUACAACGUGACAAGCAUCGCCUUGUUAUUGGACAUCGUAGAAGUGGUCUGCAGGAGAUUUUCGACAAAACAGGUGUUGUAGUCGAACCUUCAGAAGAUCCCGAGAGUGAGGAGUUCAUACUUCGCGGCUACCCCGAAGACCUUGGACUGGCCACGACCUUGAUUUUUAAGCGUGCCUCCAGUUCUACUACCGAAGGAAUUGUCGCUCCUCAGCGUCUUCACAAGCUUCUGAUUGGAAAGAAAGGAAACGCUUUGGCCUCUAUUCUAGACGGUUAUGCGGCUGUUCGGGUCGAGUUCCCAAAUGGUGAGGACAAGAUAACGGUCGAAGGACCUCCAGAAGAGGUUUCAGUAGUUGUUGAUCGCCUAAACACACGGGUCGCUGAGCUUACUGCCUCACACCAUUUGGAUUUCGUAAAGGUGGAUCCUAAAUACCAUUCUAAGCUGCUGGGAAACGGGCCCGAUAGUUUAAGUCGGUACAUUCGAUCCCAUCACUUGAGUGUUUGGUUUCCAACUGCUGCAGAUUGCGGAAAGGCAGCGAAUGAGUUCAACAUCUUUAUUGAGGGUGAACAGCACUCUGUUGAAAUUGUGAAGGAGGAGAUCAGUAAACUUGUUAGGAAGUGGGAGAACGAGAAGAUUAAAGAUGUGAUAGUCGAACCUCGUAUUCAAAAUUUGUUGCGAUCUGGUAAUCCUCCUCCGAUUCGUCCGAUUGAAGAGGCUUUCCCAGAAGUUGAAAUUCGGUGGCCUCAGCAAGCUGGUGGUGGGAAGAAACGUCACGGUACAUCCACCAGUAAUGCGACUUCUACCACCACCGACUACGUGUUGCAGCUCUGCGGGGUCCGAGAUAAAGUCGAUUCUGCUGCAGAGAAAUUGAACAAACUGGUGAAGCAAAUCACAGAGGAAAAUUAUGAACAGGAGUUUCGUAUUUUCAAGGACUGCUUACCGCGCAUUUUGGGCGCAACAAUUGUCAAUCUCCUGAAAGAGACGCGGACUCGCAUCCACUAUUUUCCUCCGUCUGAUGAUGGUUCCCAGCCCGUUAGUAUUAUCGGUCGUCAAGAAGGCGUUGAUGCUGCCGUCACACGCCUUGAAAAAUUACAGAAGUCCAUGGCAAACAUACAAGAAACCGUCAUUACUCUACCCACACUGAUGCUUUCUAAACAGCCUGGAGACUCGACCACUCCCGGAGCUCGUCUGCGAUCCAUCCGUGAGCAAUGCGAGGGUGUUCAACUGAAGACGGAUCCCGCCCACCCUCGUCAGCUGACCAUUUCGGGCCCACCGGAGGCUUUGGAAAAGACCAAAGCUCUUAUCGAUUCAAUGUGCGCGAAGAUGCUCGAACGCUGUACUGAGUCGGUGGUAUUCGCGAACCCAAAGUUUCACGGCCAGUUGAUCGGUCGUGGUGGUGCCACGUUGAAGAAGUUCCGUGAAAAACACAACGUUGAGGUGCUCUUCCCGGAUCGUUUAGAGGGCGAUCCCACCCGUGCCUCUGCGAUCCACAUCAUUGGUGAGAAGGAAGCCGUGGUGAAGGCGGUAGAAGAUUUGGAAAAGACCGUAAAGAACAUGGAGGACGAAACGGAUGUUACCGUAAAAUGUGAACCCUCUGUUGUUAAUGAUCUUUGGAUCUAUCGAAGCGCUUUUCACUACCCGGAAUUGGAUCGUGUUAAAGUUAUCUUCCCGAAAUCAUCCAACUCCCCCUUUAGUCGUCGCGUUGAUCAGAGUGGGAAUGGACAUCCACCUUCUAGCGAGAAUGUAGAUACCACAAUUCGUAUUUUCGGUCCAAAGGGCUGUGUUGAGGAUGCACAGCAGUGUAUAAUGGGUAUGAUCGAAGACAUCAAGAACCAAACGGUGGUCAAACACCCGGUUACUGAGGUUGACCAUUUCCAGGUUCUCAGUCGACUUCGUUCAACUAUUCCUGAUAUCCAGAAGCAUCAUAAAGUCUUGAUCAGCUUACAGCUUAAUAGAGACGGUUUCCGAGAGGGUGAAGGUGAACGGCUCCUACACGGCCAUAUUGUUCUCACCGGCACUGCAGAGAGAAUUGCUAAUGUUUUGAAGAAUGAAAUUCUUUCACUGCUGCCAGUCUCGCAGGAGGUUGCUUUUCCACGCGAGUUCUACGGCAAACUCUUUAUGGUUGAACAACCUCCACAACAACAACAACAACAACAGCUUUCCACUCGCCGAGGACAGAGGGCUCCUCAACGCGGUGGUGGACACCUUCAGCACGAAAGUUCUCGCACCAACAUUUUACCUAAUCAUCAGCCCGAAAAUGGGGAAAUAUCUCCCAAGACAAGAUUGAAUGCUCUUCGAAGCAAAUUCAAUGUUUCCAUUAGCGUUCCGCCAAGGAUUCCGCGAGGUGCCGAUCGGAUCAUCAUUCGUGGCAUUCCAGAUGCUGUUGAAGCCUGUAAAGCUGAGUUGGCUGCUCUUGAGGCUCAGCUGCAAGCCGAGAAGGCCGACUGGGAGGCACGAAACUACGAGGAUAUCCUGAACAUUGAGGAGCGUUACCUAAGCCGGAUCAUAUCUGGGGAAAAGGAGCGGCUGUUGAGGCAGUAUGGUGUGGCCAUCUUCACGCGUGGUCGUCCCGCUGCCACUACUACCACCGCCUCUUCAGGUGCUACGUCUACGCUGAUAGGUUCGGAAACAACCACUGGUGGAGAUGUGCCAGCAGAGGGACCUAGUACCUCCAACAACUUGGUGGACGGGGGGCGCUAUGCUGGUUACCGUCUUGUAAGCUCUGUUAAUAUCCCUCUGAUACUCCAAGGCUACAAGGAGAAAGUCAAGUCGGCUCGUGGUGAGCUGGAAAAAUUGCUGGAAAAGUUUUCUUCUUUCACGUGCAUUGAGCUUCACAUUCCUUCGGAGGCUCACGCGCGUUUGAUUGGAUCCCGCCACUAUAACAUUCGUCGUUUGGAGGAGUUGUACGAUGUUGAUGUGGAGUUCCCACCCCGUGGAGCUAACGGAGAAGCAGCUGAGGUCGUCCUCGUCAUGGGCUAUCCUGAUAACGUAGAUGAAGCUUGCAAUGAAUUGAUCAACAAAGCCAAUGAUAUUAUUAUCAACGACGAUCAAAAGGGCUGA